AUGGACUCAAAGAAGAAAAGCUCAACAGAAGCUGAAGGAUCCAAAGAAAGAGGCCUGGUCCAUGUGUGGCAGGCAGGCUCCCGUUCUGUAACACCAGAGAGAUUGCCAGGCUGGGGAGGAAAGACUGUUCUUCAUGCGGCCCUUGGAGUGAAACAUGGAGUUCUUCUGACUGAAGAUGGUGAGGUCUACAGCUUUGGGACUCUCCCCUGGAGAAGUGAACCAGCAGAGAUUUGUCCGAGUAGCCCCAUUCUAGAAGAGGUGCUGGUUGGGCAGUAUGUCGUUACUGUGGCAACAGGGAGUUUCCACAACGGAGCAGUGACAGAAAGUGGCGUAGUGUACAUGUGGGGGGAGAACUCUGCUGGUCAGUGUGCGGUAGCUAACCAGCAGUAUGUUCCGGAACCAAAUCCUGUCAGCAUUUCUGAUUCCGAGACCAGUCCUUUGUUAGCGGUCAGGGUCUUGCAGCUGGCAUGUGGCGAGGAGCACACUCUGGCAUUGUCCCUAAGCAGAGAGAUUUGGGCAUGGGGUACCGGUUGUCAGUUGGGUCUCAUUACCACUACCUUCCCAGUGACAAAGCCACAAAAGGUGGAACAUCUUGCUGGGCGAGUAGUGCUACAAGUUGCCUGUGGUGCGUUCCACAGCUUAGCCCUGGUGCAGUGCCUCCCUUCCCAGGAUCUGAAGCCAGUGCCAGAAAGAUGUAACCAGUGCAGCCAGCUGUUAAUCACAAUGACUGACAAAGAAGACCAUGUGAUUAUAUCAGACAGCCAUUGCUGUCCAUUAGGCGUGACACUAUCAGAAUCCCAGUCAGAAAACCAGGCCAGCACUGCCAUCAGCCCCUCCACUGAAACCCUUGAUGGCAAGGGAGAAGUGUUUGAGAACACCUUCGUACAAAAUGAGCUGCCUGCUGCUACCGAACUGAAUGUUGGAAAUGUUCAGACCACAAGUGUUGAGACCAUUUCCUUCCCACAAGAUGUCAUGGGAACACCUGAAAUUUCUUCUGCAAGAAGUAUACCAUCGUACCCUGACACUCAGGCAGUAAAUGAAUAUGUGCAGAAACUGUCAGAUCAUUCAGUAAGAGAGAACUCAGAGAAUGGUGAAAAGCCAGUGCCAUCUCAGCCUCUUGUAGCAGAAGCGAUUCCUAAUCUUCACAGCCCAGCAACCACAAGCACUUCAGCCCUGAACAGCCUAGUGGUCUCUUGUGCAUCUGCUGUUGGUGUGAGAGUGGCUGCUACAUAUGAAGCUGGGACCUUGUCUCUUAAGAAAGUUAUGAACUUCUAUAGUACAGCCCCUUGUGAACCUGGAGCUCAGGCAGGCAGUAGUCCCAUAGGCCCAGAAGGUCUGAAAGAUAGCAGAGAAGAACAGGUUAAACAGGAGUCAAUGCAAGGAAAAAAGAGUUCAAGUCUUGUGGAUAUCAGAGAAGAAGAAUCAGAGGGAGGCAGCCGAAGACUCUCUCUCCCUGGAUUGUUGUCACAAGUCUCCCCCAGGCUCUUGAGAAAAGCUGCAAGGGUGAAAACGCGGACAGUGGUUCUGACCCCUACAUACAGUGGAGAAGCGGAUGCGCUCCUGCCUUCUCUGAGAACAGAGGUGUGGACCUGGGGUAAAGGGAAGGAAGGACAGCUGGGUCAUGGUGAUGUUCUGCCUAGGCUUCAACCACUGUGUGUAAAAUGUCUGGAUGGUAAAGAAGUAAUCCAUCUGGAGGCAGGUGGUUACCAUUCUCUUGCACUUACUGCGAAAUCCCAGGUUUACUCAUGGGGUAGCAAUACCUUUGGUCAACUUGGGCAUUCCGAUUUUCCAACAACAGUUCCUCGUCUUGUAAAGGUGAAUAGUGAAAAUGGAGUCUGGAGUGUAGCUGCAGGCCAGGAUUAUUCCCUGUUUUUAGUGGAUACCGAAGACUUCCAGCCUGGAUUAUGUUAUAGUGGCCGGCAGGACCCGACAGAAGGUGACAACCUUCCAGAGAAUCACAGUGGUACUAAGACUCCAAUACUUCUCUCCUGUAGUAAGCUUGGAUAUAUAAGCAGAGUGACAGCAGGAAAAGACAGCUAUCUAGCCUUGGUGGACAAAAACAUUAUGGGAUAUAUUGCCAGUCUCCAUGAGUUGGCUACUACAGAAAGACAGUUCUAUUCAAAACUAAGUGAUAUCAAGUCUCAGAUUCUGAGGCCUCUUCUCAGUUUAGAAAACUUGGGCACUGCAAGUACAGUCCAGCUGUUGCAGGAGGUGGCAAGCCGCAAGCUGUGUUACCUAAUUGGUCAACAUGGAACCUCACUGAGCAGCUUCCUUCAGGGGAUAAAGGAAGCCAGGAGUUUGGUCAUCCUGAAGCAUGCAAGUCUCUUCUUGGAUAGUUAUACAGAGUAUUGCACAUCUAUUACAAAUUUCCUGGUUAUGGGAGGAUUCCAGCUUCUUGCUAAGCCUGCCAUUGAUUUCCUAAAUAAAAACCAGGAACUAUUGCAAGAUUUAUCAGAAGUGAAUGAUGAGAACACCCAAUUGAUGGAAAUAUUGAAUACCCUGUUUUUCUUGCCAAUCAGACGACUUCAUAAUUAUGCCAAAGUUUUGCUAAAGCUUGCUACUUGUUUUGAAGUGACAUCUCCAGAAUACCAGAAACUGCAGGAUUCCAGUUCUUGUUAUGAGUCUCUUGCUCUCCAUCUCGGCAGGAAAAGGAAGGAAGCAGAAUACACACUGGGUUUCUGGAAGACCUUUCCUGGAAAAAUGACGGAUUCCUUGAGGAAGCCAGAGCGUCGACUGCUGUGUGAGAGCAGUAACCGGGCCCUGUCUCUGCAGCAUGCGGGGAGGUUUUCUGUUAAUUGGUUCAUUCUCUUUAAUGAUGCCCUAGUCCAUGCCCAGUUCUCCACACACCAUGUUUUCCCUUUGGCCACACUGUGGGCAGAGCCACUUUCUGAAGAAGCUGGUGGUGUGAAUGGCCUAAAGAUAACUACACCCGAGGAGCAGUUCACUCUCAUUUCAUCAACACCCCAGGAAAAGACAAAGUGGCUCCGGGCUAUAAGCCAAGCUGUAGAUCAGGCUUUGAGGGGGACGUCUGAUUUUCCACCUUAUGGAAGUGGCAGCAGUAUUCAGAGGCAGGAACCACCCAUUUCACGCAGUGCCAAAUAUACUUUCUACAAGGAUCCUCGCCUAAAGGAUGCAACCUAUGAUGGACGCUGGCUUUCCGGGAAGCCUCAUGGCAGAGGGGUUUUGAAGUGGCCAGAUGGAAAGAUCUAUUCUGGCACGUUCAGGAAUGGCUUGGAAGAUGGGUAUGGAGAAUACAGAAUCCCAAACAAAGCACUGAACAAAGAAGACCAUUAUGUGGGCCACUGGAAAGAAGGAAAAAUGUGUGGUCAAGGAGUCUAUAG